UCGCGCAACAAAAAGCGGGUCCGGUAGUUGGCACCUUAUCCUCACGAUCGCAAGAAGACCUAAAGUCAAGAUGAGGAGUAUAAGAGCCUGUGAUGCCUGUUGGUAGUCUAGCAAUUGGUCCAUAAAUCUCCGAGACCCUAAACAUGACACCCAGCCAGGCGUUGUUGUUCGCGUCAGCAGGCGCGGCUGCUGUCGCAGGCGCGGUCCGCAAUGUCACGAAGCCGAAUUUCAUUUUUAUUAUGACGGAUGACCAGGACUUGCAUCUGAACUCGAUCGACUACCAACCGUCUGUUCAAAAGCACUUUGCGCAGGAGGGAACGUGGUUCAAGAAGCACUUCUGCACGGUUGCUUUGUGCUGUCCAUCGCGUGUGUCUUUGUUGACUGGAAAGGCGGCGCAUAACACCAAUGUCACAGAUGUCUCUGCUCCUUAUGGUGGAUAUCCAAGGUUUAUUGAGGAGGGCUUUAACGAUGACUAUCUGCCAGUCUGGCUGCAGAACGCGGGAUACAACACAUACUACACAGGCAAGAUGAUGAACGGUCACUCACUCAGCACUUACAACAGCCCACGUAUCAACGGCUGGAACGGAUCCGACUUCUUGAUCGAUCCCGGCACAUAUAUCUUCUACAACGCCACCAUGUCAAGAAACCAUGAUCCAGCGAAGAACUACCCUGGCGAAUACUCAACGGACCUGAUCUCAGCCGCUGCUGUCGGCUUCCUCGACGACGCCAUCAAAGCGUCGGACCGACCGUUCUUUCUCGGUGUCGCGCCCAUUGCUCCUCACUCGGAGACUAUCACUGGAGGGGGAGCUCCGAGGUUUAAUGCGCCUGUGCCUGCGAAGAGGCAUGAGCAUCUCUUCCAGAAUGCGACGAUACCGCGCACACCAAACUUCAACCCCAACACUACCGGCACAGCAUCGUAUUUCAAGACCAUUCGGCAGCUGAACCAGACGGAAAUUGACUUCAACGACGACUGGUACCGCAAGCGACUCCAGUCGCUCGCCUCUGUCGACGAGCUCAUUGACUCAAUCAUCGACCGCCUGUCGGCGAACCCAGAAGUCCUCAACAACACCUACCUAAUCUACACAACCGACAACGGCUACCACAUCGGCCAGCACCGCCUCCCGCCCGGCAAGAGCUGCAACAUCGAAGAAGACGUCAACAUCCCCUUCUUCAUCCGCGGCCCCGGCGUGCCCAAGGGCGCCGUUCAAUCCAUUCCCUCGUCCCACACCGACAUCGUCCCCACGCUCUUCUCGCUCGCGGGGAUCCCGCUGCGCGACGACUUCGACGGCGAGCCCAUCCCCGUGACGCGCGAGCUGCUGGCGCAGAACACCAAGAGCGAGCACGUCAACAUCGAGUUCUGGGGCGAUUACCUCGUCGAGAGCAACACGUUCCUCGGGCUUACACACUACCCCAACAACACAUUCAAGCACGUGCGCGUCAUCGGCGAAGACUACGAUCUCGCGUACGCGGUGUGGUGCACCAAUGACCACGAGCUGUACGACAUGGCUACCGACCCCUACCAACUCACCAACCUUUACGCCACCGAUGCUACAAUCAACGACUGGUCCGUGGCGAAACUCGCGGCGCGCCUCGACGCGCUGCUGCUCACGCUGAAGCGCUGCAAGGGUCGGGUGUGCACACGGCCGUGGGAGACGCUGCAUCCGGCGGGAGAUGUGGGGAGCUUGAAGGAUGCAAUGGACGGGCGGUUCGAUGCGUUCUACGAGCAGGAGCAGCCACCCGUAACGUUCUCAGAGUGUAAGCUCGGGCAGGUGCUGGAGUUUGAGGGCGCGCUGGAGCCGGUGCAGUGGCGGAGCGAGUGGGACGAGUGGAGCUAUAACACUUGAGCGUAGGAGUGAUGAAAAGGGGGAUAAUCUGAAGAACAAAGAUGUCGACCGUUACAUGGAUGUACCACCCAGACUGGUGCUCGAUGUUCGUUGUGACAUGGUUAGUGAUGUAUUCGUGCCGAGGCGUGUUCCGAGUCCCCGCUUGUGGUUCCGAGACUCGGAACUGACUAAUCGCAGCUCGCAUUUAGCGCUCCUCCACCGUC